UAGAGAUCCGCCAUGUUGAGUUUCUGCGAGUAAGGAAAGAGAACACAGACACAUUGAUAUUUAUUUCCUGAAACCUUAUUAGAAAUGUCGAAGGGAACAACAAUCAAGGAUGCCUUGGCAAAAUGGGAACAGAAACAUGAGAAAAAAGCAUCAGAAUCAGAUGAAGUCAAGCUAUAUGCACAGUAUCCUCCAAUAGAAAAGAUGGAUGCUUCCUUAUCUACUCUUACAAACUGUGUGAAACUGUCCUUAUCCACAAACUGCAUUGAAAAAAUUGCCAACCUUAAUGGUUUACGGAAUCUGAAAAUUCUGUCACUGGGAAGAAAUAACAUAAAAAAUCUUAAUGGCUUGGAAGCUGUAGCAGAGACUCUUGAAGAACUCUGGAUAUCCUACAAUAACAUUGAGAAGUUAAAGGGCAUUGGUGUACUUAAAAAACUGAAGGUUCUGUACAUGUCAAACAACCAAGUUAAGACAUGGGAUGAAUUUCAGAAACUGGUUGAUCUUCCACUGUUAGAAGAUUUGUUGUUUGUUGGUAAUCCUCUGGAAGAGAAACAUUCCAAUGAUGGGGAUUGGAGGGACCUUGCUACUAAGAGAUUGUCAAAGCUGAAAAAGUUGGAUGGAGUUCCUGUGGUCAGACAAGAAGAGGAAGAAGAAGAAGAACCAGCCUAAAAGUCGUGAAUAAUUUGCAACAGAACGCUGCGUGAUAAACUCAGAGUUAUUUGUAACUAAGUAUAUCAUAUGGUUAUACACAUGUAAAUAUGUUCAGCAUGUUGUACAGAAUACAGUACAUGUAUUUCUUUAAUUCAUUCGUAUUUUUAGUUAUUUUUUCUGCCGUUAUAAUAUCUAAGUCAUUAAGACCUCUGUUGAAACACUAUUUUGUGUUUUUAGUCAAUAUAAUACAUAGUUGCAAUACCUAUUGAAUUUAACGAAAGCCCCCCUUUUUAAAACCAUUGCAUUAUUUUCCCGUUGCAUUUUUUAUGUCAAAUCCUUGGGUUUUGAAAAGUAGAAACUAGCCAUAAGUCUAAAUCCGCCAUCACCUGCGGUAGAAACUCAUCAAUGCCAUCCUUGAUAUGUACACAUCAAGGGCGAGAUUAUCCAGCAAAAGACACGGAGCAAACAAAUGAACUUGUAAGGAGAAAGCUAAACGAAACAACUCAAAAUACAAAGAGAACUCUGGUUUCCCUA